AGGAGCCUGGCAUUGAAGUUGAGGCAUCCCUGGACCCAUGCUUUAUCAGGAUCUGCAGCCAGUGGUGCACACACUCUCCACAGCAGCUUCCUAUUGGAGCCCGGAUGCACACACUGGCGUUCUCCCCAGCUAUGUGGCUGUUUGCAACAACACGACGGACACUGUGUGCUUUGGCCAGGCUGGAACCGUGGAGAAGAUAUCACUUCAACCGGGGCAUAUGCAUGCCUACACAUGGAAGAGCACCAAGGCACCAUUGAUGCUGCAUCUUGGAAUAGAAAACCAGCACUGGAAAUGGAGCAGCCCUUUCGCACUGGUCUGCGGCAAGGAAAUUGCAGUGGAAAUGCCCAUUGGUUCUUCGGCAGUGUCUACAGUCCUGGUCAGAAUGCAAGGAGGGCAAGGGGUCGAGAUGCAGGUGAUCAUCUCUGGCCAAGUCACUCUCCGGAGUCACUUGGUGACGGACCUUCAGGUCCAGCUCAGGUUGCUGGUCGACGGGGCCAAGGAACACAACAAGUCACCGUCGACACAGCCACCAAAGACUCGUACCCUGGUGGUCGACCUUGCCGACAAGACCUGUAGGAGCCUCAUCGUCAACCCUCGCCGGCUACACUCUUUUUCGCUCAGGAGACAGGCUUCCACACCAGGCGGACAGGCAAGGGUGAACGCUGUGCCUUGGUCCAGCGAAGUGGUGUUCGACGCAAUGAGCUCGAAGGAUUGGGCCAAGGUUGUCGAGGUACCGCAAGACACUGAUGAUGCUGCAAAGCUCCAGCUAUGGUGCUAUUGUUUUGCAGGCUGCUUUGGAUCAUCUGCAAAUCUCCUGGUGCUGGCAUUCGCGCCCCUUCAUGUGCUGCGCAGCCACUUGCCCUGCAGCCUCCUGGUCCACCUUCACGGAAGGACGGGCUUCGAAGCCGCAGGCGAGCACUAUCACUCACUCUUGGUUCCCGGCCGAGGCCAAGACUGGCCUCUGCUUGUGGACCCACCGCCGUCCAGUCUCACCUUUCAACUCGGACCAGGCAAGCGUGUUUCGUCUCCUGCGCUUGAACUGAGGCCUCCAACGCUGGACCACGAAAUCUCCACCACACCUCCGGAAGACCUGUGGAGGCUGCGCAGUCCGGAAUGGAGCUUUGGCUCCCCUCACGCGGCCAAGUGGCCCUAUGACGAUGUUGAGCGCAUAGCCAAAGUGGACCACAUGUGGGAAAAAGGAGUUCUCACGCAGCUCUUCCCAUCCACCAACCAAGUCUAG